CUCUGGGGCAACAGAUCUGGUUUGCUCAACUGAAAGACCAAACACAUCGGGGUGGAUUUCUGCACAAUGUAAACGCACACAAGGAGCUGCAUCGCACAAAAAGGAUGUCAGGGAUGGACGUCCCACUGGUCGACCAUAAUGAGACAGGAAUCCCUCCCAUAGACAAUGGCACCUUCCUCCGAUUCUCCCCGACCUCUUCCUCCACGUCUGCGGCCGCCUCCUCACCAGGAGGGCGUCAGGGCAAUGUGUAUGUCUAUGUGUGGCUCUUCCUCGGCCUGCUGGUCUUCCUGCUGACGCUGCUCAUCAUCUCCCUCCACAGGCUGAAAAAUAUCAUCUCCUCCUCCUCCUCUGUCCCUGAUUGCAGCAGUGAGGGAGGGAGCUCUUUCACAAACAUGGAAAUCUGCAGUAUCUCAUCUCAGAGGUCCACCAUCUCUUCAUUGUCCACCUGAGUGAAAUAGGAUGGUUGCACAGAGACACACAGACAUGUAUAUGGCCUGGUGUACUUUUAUAUGCAUGCAAACAUCAAGAAUGCACACUCAGAACUUCCUCACUGUGAGAAAUAAACAAAAAAAAACUCAGUCACAAAAAUGGUGUGACUUUACACAUGUUGCAUGUAUAUAAUCAUCCUUAUGGUGCAGCAGGCAUGAUGUGAUUGCAAAUGCUCAUGGGAAAUGUACAACAGCACACAAUGUGACAGACCAGUCUUAAGGGAUAAGGACUGAAAAGCCUUAAUUCAAAAAUGUAGACAAGAGAAACUGCUUUUCUUUUGCAGAAAAUAAUGAGGAACUACAUUUUUCCUUUGUUUUUGUAUUAAUUUCUUGUACUGUA